AUGUCUCGCAUAGUACCCACCAAGCCUGUUGUAAUUCGAUUAUCGAAACAAUUACCACAAGCAAGCAUAAGUCAACAAACGGCAGAAAUUGAUGUGGAUAAAUUACAGCAAAAUGGUCUUCGAUCAGCAGCAUUCGUGAAAGUAUCACGGAGACGACGGCAAGUAAGUCUUUUUUGAUCUUCACUGACCAAGAGAUACUCGAGGAGCGUGCUUUUAUAGUAAAAUUUGACGUUAUUUCUGUUGAAAAUUUUGCACCAAACAGAUUUAGAACUCGGCGUUAGGUUCCAAACUUUGCAGAAGACAUAAAAUGGUUCGAAAUUUUUGAUCUCGUGCACACACAAUAAAAAUCAUAUGGUUAGAAAGAGCGUAGAAAAAUGAGCAAGAAGUAUAAACUAUCUCGAAGGGGUGUGGUCAAGUUCCCAGCAAAAUCUUUCGUUUCUUCUAUUUCUCCCUGAACUAUCUUUUCUCCUAUCGUUUACGUUCUUUCGCGUUCUUCGUUCUGCUUUAUAAGCAAGUAUUCAAAUUUGAACACAUACUUAUAAAUCAGAACGAAGAACGCGAAAGAACGAAAACGAUAAGAGAAAAGAUCGUUCAGAGAGAGAUAGAAGGAACGAAAGAUUUUGCUGGGAACUUGACCAUACCCUCUCGAAAUAAUGUAUACUUCUUGCUCAGUUUUUUACGCUAUUUCUAACCAUUUGAUUUUUAUUGUGUGUGCACGAGUUCAAAAAUUUCGAAUCAUUUCAUAUGAUCUAUGAAUGUGGAACACGAACGAGCUUGAAAGACUCUUUCAAAACAUUUCUCAUAGAACUGUUUGAGUAAAUAGUUUAUCGAAACUCCCAAAUAUGUUAGACCGCUGAUGAUUCGAAAACCAAUAUUUGUAAAUGUUUGUGAAAAACGAUUGUUGCAACAAUAAAAGAAUCAGAUUCGACGUCAUGCACUUGUCGUUAUAGAAUUCACUUAUAACCUGUCGCCUCGACAGAAACAAUUCUCACGCACAUGUGACCAGUCAUCGAAAACCGUCGUCAGUACGAGUAUCAGUAUUAAGUCGAAAAGUAAGUGUUUUAGUUUCCCAAAUUUGGAAAAAGGAAUCAUCUCCGUUUUUCAUACUUUUACUUAAGCGUUCGAGAAAAAACACACCAACAUCGAACAUAUCUGCUGGUCUUGGUACUAAUCAGGUCAGUACUACUGUUUCU